AUGUCUGGUCGCAAGGACUUUUUGUCGCAGCCGGCGCCGGAGAAUUAUGUCGCAGGUCUCGGGCGUGGUGCGACGGGCUUUACCACCCGAUCAGAUCUGGGUCCGGCGCGGGAAGGACCAAGUGAGGAACAGAUCAAGGAGGCGCUUGCGAAGCGUGCUGCAGCAUUAGGCACUGCGGCGCCAACAGCAUAUGGCGUUGGUAAGAAGAGAGGGGAUGACGAAGCGGACGAGGACCAGUUUCAGGAUGCCGAGAACGAAGAGGGGCUGUUUGCCAUGGGCAAUUACGACCGCGAAGACGACGAGGCAGACCGCAUCUAUCAGGCCGUGGACGAGCGCAUGGACAAGCGAAGGAAAGCGCGAAGGGAAGCACGUGAGCGUGCGCAACGCGAAGACUACGAAGCCAAGAAUCCAAAGAUCCAACAACAGUUUGCCGACCUAAAGCGAGCGCUUGGCACAGUAUCGGACGAAGACUGGGCGAGCAUUCCAGAAGUCGGAGACUUGACAGGCAAGAACCGACGCAACAAGCAGAACGAGCGGCAGCGCUUCUACGCCGUGCCUGACAGCGUGCUAGCUGGUGCUAGAGACAGCACGCAACUCGGCACCGAAGUGCAGGAAGACGGCAUGAUGACCGACGCACCAGACGGCACGGCGAAUGAUCAAACCGACGGCACGGUGACUAACUUCGCCGAUAUUGGCGCGGCGCGCAGCAAGGUCAUGCAGGUCCGCCUGGACGCUGCAGCACAAGCCCAAAGCAACGGUACGGAUUCCGUGGCUGGCACGAGCACGAGCAUCGAUCCGAAAGGCUACCUUACCAGUCUGACCAAGACUGAGUUGAAGGCGGGCGAGGUUCAGCUUGGUGAUAUCAAGCGUGCUAGGGUGCUGUUGGAGUCGGUCAUCAAGCGCAAUCCACGGCACGGCCCAGGCUGGAUCGCUGCGGCGCGAUUGGAGGAGUAUGCCGGCAAGGUGCAGGCAGCUCAGAAUGUCAUUCGAAGAGGUACCGAGAUGUGUCCGAAAAGCGAAGACGUCUGGUUGGAAGCGAUCCGUCUCUCGCAAACGCACGGCAACAAUCACAACGCCAAGAUUCUCGCUGCCAAAGCUAUCGAAAACAAUGACAGGUCGGUCAAGUUGUGGAUUGAGGCUAUGCAUUUGGAGCAGCAGUCGGUAGCGAAGAAGCGUGUACUGCGUAAAGCUCUCGACCAUAACCCUAACUCUGUGGCCAUAUGGAAAGAAGCUGUUAAUCUCGAAGAAGAUCCGAACGACGCCAAGCUACUACUUGCGAAGGCUACGGAGAUCAUCCCGCUGUCUGUUGAGCUCUGGCUCGCACUUGCCAGACUGGAGACCCCAGAGCAAGCGCAGGUCGUGCUGAACAAAGCUCGCAAAGCUGUGCCUGCGAGUUUCGAGAUUUGGAUUGCUGCAGCUCGCCUACAGGAGCAGACGGGCCAGACUCAGAUGGUAUUUAGAGUGAUGGAGCGCGGUAUUAAAGCCUUGGCACGAGAGUCAGCUAUGUUGAAACGGGAAGAGUGGAUUACGCAAGCUGAGAUCUGCGAGCAAGAGGGCGCGCCGCUGACGUGUCAGGCCAUCAUUAAGGAGACUCUAGGUUGGAGUCUGGACGAAGACGAUGACCGCAAGCAGAUAUGGCUCGACGACGCAAAGGCCAGCAUUAACCGUGGUCGAUACGAGACAGCAAGAGCGAUUUACGCGUACGCUAUCCGCGUGUUCUACAACCGCAAGAGCGUGUGGCUUGCUGCAGCGGACCUUGAGAGACAGCACGGCACGAAGCAAGCUUUGUGGGAAGUUCUCGAGAAGGCUGUCGAGUCUUGCCCGACAAGCGAGGUGCUGUGGAUGCAGCUGGCACGCGAGAAAUGGCAGGCAGGCGAUAUCGACGAAGCACGGCGGGUGCUGGGAACUGCAUUCCAAGCCAACCCCGGCAACGAAGACAUUUGGCUUGCAGCAGUUAAACUCGAGGCCGACAAUGGCGAGACGGAGAAAGCAAGGGAGCUGCUCAAGGAGGCUCGGGAGCAAGCAGGAACUGAUCGUGUAUGGGUCAAGAGUGUAGCUUUCGAGCGCCAGCUCAAGAAAGACUCGGAUGAUGCGCUAGCGCUUGUCAACGAAGGCUUGCAGAUCUACCCUAAAGCGGCCAAGCUGUGGAUGAUGAAGGGCCAGAUCUACGAGGCGAGGAAUAUGCUCCCGCAAGCGCGCGAAGCAUACAACACCGGUACCCGAGCUUGUUCACAAAGCGUGCCGCUCUGGCUUCUCCUUAGUAGGCUCGAAGAGCGUAUGGGUGUGCUGGUCAAGGCUCGCUCAACGCUGGAGAGGGCGAGGUUGGCAGUGAAGAAGAACCCGGAACUUUGGACCGAGAGUGUGCGCCUCGAGUACCGCGCGAAAAACAUGGCCGCUGCGAAUCAGAAGAUGGCGCAAGCGUUGCAAGAGUGUCCAACUUCUGGCCUUGUCUGGAGCGAGAGGAUUUGGCAUCUCGAGCAGCGCACGCAACGAAAGCCUCGCAUCCUCGAAGCUAUCCAGAAGGCGGAGAAUGAUCCUAUCCUCUUCGUCACGGCAGCUCGCAUCUUCUGGGGUGAGAGAAAGCUGGACAAGGCGGACUCUUGGUUUCAGAAAGCGGCUAUUCUGGACCCGGACUACGGUGAUACUUGGGCAUGGUGGUAUAAGUUCCUUGUACAGCAUGGCACGGACGAGAGGAGAGAAGAGGUGGUGGCGCGGUGCGUGCAGACGGAGCCCAAGCACGGAGAAAUGUGGGCGGCAGUUAGAAAGCAUCCGGACAAUGCGGGAAAGAGUGUUGAGGAGGUGCUGAAGAUCGUUGCUGCGAGGUUGGAGUGA